GAAUUCCUGCUCUGUUGAGGGCCCCUUUCUUAUCGGCACUAAUCCAGCGCAGCAGCUGCAGCAGCUCUGUAGUGCUUGGUGCUAUCAGUGCUGUGCAGCGUGCCCGAUAACCCCCCUUCCUCUCCUGUGCCAGCAGCAAGCCCUCUUUGCAUUCCCGCACCAUGUAUGGCCACCGAGCCCUAUCGCCCGGGCGCCUAGUGACUGCCUGACAGCAGCAAAACACAAAGAAGCAGAGCCCUGUGCGCGGGCAAGCCACGGGCGGCUGGCAAGGCAGCGCCCAACCUGCCCCUGCACUCCGGAGCUCCCGGCUUGCUCCCUCGAAGGAAGCGCGUCCGCCAAGCCUGCUCCGUCCUGGCAAGAGGCAUCGCAGCCAGCGGGAAGGGGUGGCCGGGUGCGUGCGGUGCCCUGUGCCAGCUGGCAGGAUGGAGAGCAGCUGCUCCCCCGGCCCCUGCCCAUCGCGACACUUCGGGGCCAGUUAAUAGUGGCCAUGGAGGCAGUGCUGAUCUUCCUGUGCUCUCUGCUGGUGCCGGCGGCUGUGGCAGAUGUGGCCACGCCAGAGAAGGAGGAGGACCCCUUUAACUAUGAUUACCAGAGCCUGAGGAUCGGGGGGCUGGUGUUUGCCGUGGUCCUGUUCACCGUUGGCAUUCUCCUUAUACUCAGCAGGAGGUGCAGGUGCAGUUUCAACCAGAAGCCCAGAGCUCCAGGGGACGAGGAGGCCCAGGCAGAGAACCUGAUCACCUCGAAUGCAACGGGAGCACAGAAAGCAGAGAACUGAACAAGAGCCUUGCGACCCAGAGACCCGAGGACAGAUGCUCGGACCGCAGAUGCCAGUGGCCUGCGAGGAAACUGAAAUCACAGCAACAGGUCCCUCUAAGGAGAUGCGAAGCUGCUGUGUCUGUGUUACCCUCUGUACUUCAGCACCGGUUCUCUGUUUACUAACCCGACUAAACUCCACUCACCAUCCUCUCUGCCUCCAGUGGUGUGUAAUGUUGAUGUGAGAUGAUCGUUACCUCUAGGGCUAGUCAUUGCUGAUGUUGUAAUAGUGACUUUCUCUUCACCUUUCUCGUGCUGUGCGUGUGAUUCGGGCUGUGUACAACUGGCAAGUGCUCCCUGGAACGGGAGCCGCAGGGUAGGGCGGCGUGGGCCUGGGGAAGCCCCAUGUCCCCCCCCACCCACAGUCAGAGGCGCUCGGCACGGCCUGCACGGUACCGUCUGUGUGCUGGGCAGUGUCACUGGUGGGGGCUCGUGGUCCACCCCGGCUGGCUUCGGGCAGGGCUCGGGGACCAGUCCCGCAGUGCUCUGGGGGCCUGCCCAGCCUAAGCCUGGACCGCGCAUUGCAGUUUCAGCAAUAACCCUCCUGUGCGCACCCCCGGCCCGAAGGCAGCUGUGGUAGGGGGCGAGCCAGGUGGGGACAUCCCGCGGCUCCGCUUCCCUCGGUGGAGGCACCUGGGUGCUGGAUUUAAGGCUGAAAGGAGCUCCCCUUUCUUGCCUGCUUGCCACUCCCUGUUUCUGUCCCUGGCUACAACCAAGCCAUCGGUGUGGGUUGCUGCUUUAAAGGUGAGGAGAUGCUGUGGUGGCAGAGAAGCCCAUGAAAUCCCCUGGCACGGUGACACUGUGAAAGAGGGUGGCUGCGCAGCGGUGACCAUGCUAGCCAGCGCAAACCAGCUCCUUGCCAACGCUCUGCCUGCCCGUGAGACGGAGGUGGGCAGGUUAAACAGUCUCUGAGGGCUAAAGAGAAACAUGGACUGAAAUAAAGAUCCUGUCCUUGCUUGUCUCCAGCAGGGAAGGGGCAGCGGCGUUUCCUCCCGGUGCUCCCUGCCCUUCCCGAUGCCUUGUCGCUCCCUGCGCCGUGGCCCGCGACAUGGCCCCCUGCGUCAGUGCUGUGUAUCAUCCUGUGGUGGUUAUGUGUUGUCAGCCCCCCCGAUGCCAGCUGCCCCUUCUCCCUGCGGAGCAGCAGCUAGCAGCGGCGAGCGGUGCUCCAGGGCUUUGCACGCCUGAGCUCGCACAGCGGGGCUGAGCCCAGAGGCUAUCGUCACCUUGUGUCCGCUCAUGGGUUGGAGGCAAACCUGUGAAUCUGGCCCCUUCCCCACGCCCGUGGGCAUGCAAAACUGUGGCCUCAGCUGGGCCUGGGGACUGCCGGCUUGGUCAUGGGCGCUUGCCAAGGCAGGUCAGCCUGGGCAGCAGCGGGGGUCCCCAGGGUGCACUGAAAUGUGUCGGAGCAUGUCCACACAGCGGGAAGAGGUUCUUCUCCUCCAGAAUGGUUUUGAGAGGGGUUUCUGCUGUGUCCAUCCCGCCACGGUGGCCCUGCCUCCAGGGUGGGCUGUGUCCCUGCGUGGUUUGCGUCCUGCGGCGGUGCCGGGAAGCAUGCUCCGUCCCAUCUGCGCGAGGCAGAGACCCUGUCUCCAGUACCCUCUCCCCUUCCUCCUGGCCGUUGCAGAGAGCUCUGCUCGCCUCCGGCCUCCUUGCUGCCCUGCAGCCUUGGGCAGAGCAGACCCCGCGCAGCCCAGCCCCUGAGCGUCAGCUGUGUGCAUGUCCUGCGUCAGAGUGCCCGUGGUGUCUGUAGCGUGCCGUCGGUGUUAACUUGAAACAAAGAAAUCCCUGUGGUGUGUAGAAAUGGCAAAAUCCUGACUGUUGUAAAAUAAACUGACCUAUUGUGUUUCCUUUUAAA